AUGUCCUUGGUGACAGCUGUCGUUCGCGUGAGGUUCAGCGCCCUGGAAUGCACCAACGGUCAUGAUGGGAAUGCGGCCUUGCAGGGGCCAACAUCAAGGCAAGCCCAGGUACAAGAAGCAGCGGCACCUCUCGGAAAACCCGCAAUCGAUCUUGGAACCAAUGCGUCCAACGUUGUACGGCAGAAGGGCGCUAAGUGGUCACUCGGAUCGCCUCCCGGUGUCAUAACGGUCCCUGUUCCGAUCCCCUUCAGUGUCUUCCCGUCUGCGUAUCGGAACGCGGAAACUCAAGAAUCUACCACAGUCAAGGUAGAAGGCGAAGCAAAGCACUCGGAUCAGGCUUCACACGGACGGGAAGGUCACGAAGAGACUCAUACCACCUUCUCUGCCACCGUCAACGCUCCUAAAAGCCACGACACUCACAUCCAAGAAGAGGUCCGCAUCUACGAAGAAGAGCGCCUCCGCCGUCCCCAGCAGCACACUGAGGAAGUCCACACCCACGAGGAGACCCGCUUCGUAGAGCCCCAACAACAGCAACGUGAGGACGUUCACAUCCACGAGCAAACCCGCUUCAGACAGCCCAAACAGACUGCACAGCACACUGAGCAAGUUCACAUCCACGAGCAAACUCGAUUCAAGCAGCCUGAGCACCGUGAGGAACUCCACAUCCACGAGCAAACCCGCUUCAGAGAGCCCGAGCAGCACCGCACUCAGCGAUCCGACCGCGUAGAGUUUGGAGCUUCCCGCGACCGUUACCAGCCCACCUCUUCCCAAACCCACAUCGAGGUUGAGGACAACAAGACCUUCGACAGACACUUCAAUACAGUCCACGGCCCUGCCACCGACUACGCUCCCUCUCAAAUCGACGUCACCGAGCGUCAAUUUCGCGAACGCACCCGUCCCAUCGUCGCCGGUCACUCCAAGGAGUCCUUCACUGCCAAGCACGAUACCUACCCCAGCAGGCAUCAGGUCAAGCACGUUGAUACCCGCUACCCAACAGAGGUUCGAGUAGAAAACACUACUCGUUCCACUGCCGACACCCCCAAGAAGUUCAAGCGUGAUAUGGGAUAUUACGACCAAGAAGGACAGUAUCAUUCCCUCCGUCAAGGUAUCCAGAAGGCAGCCCACAAGGUCGCCGAACGCGUAGCCCACCCUAUCCACCCUCACCGCCACCACCACUCCCACUCGCAAGAGCACUCCUUCCCCGGUGCCAAGUACGAAGACAACCGCGAAGAGAUCAUCGUCAAGGACAAGUACACUUCGUCCAACGCUCCCUCCGCCGCACCCUCUGCUGCCCCUUCCGCUGCUCCCUCCGCUGCCCCUAGCCGCCGCACCGUCCACUCCGCAUCUCGCGUUCAGUCCGCAUCUCCCGUCGAGAAGGUCGUUCGCGUUCACGGCAGCUCUUCCGUCGCACCUACCUCCGCACCUACAUCUGCACCAGCACCUGCUCGUGCCCCUGUCCGCAAGAUGGCUCCCUCUUCCAACAUCACCAUCCCUUGCCACCACAUCCGCAUUGGUGAUCUCCUGAUCCUUCAGGGCCGCCCUUGCCAGGUCAUCCGCAUCACCACCUCUUCCCAGACUGGCCAGCACCGUUACCUCGGUGUUGACCUCUUCACCAAGCAGCUCCAUGAGGAGUCCAGCUUCAUCUCCAACCCCGCCCCUUCGGUCGUCGUGCAGAACAUGCUUGGUCCUGUCUUCAAGCAGUACCGUGUUCUCGACAUCCGUGAGGACGGUCGCGUUGUUGCUAUGACCGAGUCUGGCGAUGUCAAGCAGGGUCUCCCCGUCCUUGACCAGAGCGGUCUCCUCACCCGUCUGACCGAGUCUUUCGACAACGGCCGGGGUAGCGUUCGCAUCCUUGUCAUCAACGACGAUGGUCUCGAGAUGGCUGUCGACUACAAGGUCGUCCACGGCUCCAGGUUGUAA